CUUAACUCAACUUCUUCCACGCUUCAUAUCCUCGCUCUCUGCUCGCGACCGUGACUGUGCGCAAUUCACACUCAGAUGCCGUCUUCGCUCACCCUGGUCUGCUCUUGCGACCCCUUCGCAUGAGCCCUCGUGAGCCAUCCUUGACCGGCACUACCAUCUGCCAUCUACCAUCUCCUACGCUCCUCCUAAUACCACCCACUCACGCACACACACACACACAUACACACGUACACAACCUCCCAUGCACAGUCUCGGGGCAAAAGAGUUUCUCCAGAUUCACACAUCGCGUCUGGAUUGUCAUCGUCGUCGGGUAUACUGGACACUCAUUGCUGCUACUGCUUACUGGGACCAUUGUCGCCUAUGACAACAGCGAAAUUUCAGUUACAGACUCUCGAUCCGACCACGAUACCCGUUGUCGAAUCGCACCUACUCACUCAUACACACCUCUAAAGCGACUUCUUCCGACCGACGUCUUGUCCUUCCACGUUAAUACCUAUCGAGCCAGAUAUCCUCUUUGUUGUCGCCGCCCAGUCUCACUUCCUAUCCUUCUCACCACGAUUCAACACAAGCAAGCAAAUCCUAUCACCAAACUGACUCCCGUGCGCAACAUUGCGUUCACGCAAGCCUUAUUCUUCUAUACACAGUCCUGCUAUUUUGACUAGCUACUGGCUCGCCUCCCGUACCCUUGGGGGGGCAUUUCUUCCCGGCCGGUUUCAGCAGAGCCUGGCUCAAACUGACGGCACAACAAUAUGGACCAUGGCGCGUGUAAUGUCAUAUACCUGGAUAAGAGAGCAGUUGAUGAGCACGUUCGUCGCAAUACGCUGUCAGAGUCGUGGGCUGUACGAAACAAUUCCACGCCUGGUCCUGGCAAUGAUUCACCGGGAUACUUCCAUUCUGUUCGGCCCAAGAAUCCUACAGAAGUUCUCUCCAAUAUUGAGCACAUCCUCUCUGUCUUCAAUGAAGGUUAGCUAAUAAAG